AUGAUAUUGGCUAUUUUAUACAGUAGCAUUUGGUUGUGCAAUACAAUUUACGAAAUGAUGCUGGGAAUUGAACAGCUCUUGUAUCACGGUAUCUAGUUGGGGAUUGUUCUGUGUUUCCUCAUGUUGCAAUAUCUAUAGAAAUCGAGGCAAUCUAUCAGCUACAUGAUCCCAAUUCUUCUAUUAUGCCUGAACAUUUUAAAUGUCAACGAAGACAUGAAUAGCGAAAAACUAUAUUUAUUCCUGCUGCCACCCUUAAUAUAUGACCAUUUAAAUAAGGAUGAAAAAAAGAAACUUUAUUUUAUCAUUUUCAAAUUUCUGCAUCUCCUCACUAUGUGCAUUUGGAAAGCGUUAGGCGAUCUGAACAGGGGUUAACCAAUAAUAAUAACAUUUAUAUUAUUAUUGUUCACAUACUAUCUCUAAAAAUAAUAUGAUCAACAACUCAAACGAACUGAAGGAGGCUUGGAAGACACCAUAAAUAUAAAGACUAUCACAGACACAGAUCGAAUCUGGGACUCAUAAAAUUAUUUGAUAAGUAUAAUCAAAUUGGAUGGUAAAUUAAAUUUGCUGACAAGCAAUAACAGAGCAUAAGACCUGUUGAAACACAUCAAUUUACAGGAACUCUUGAAUAGCCCUUUAUUAUCAGUGGAUAAACAGACCAGAUUAUUAAUGCAGGAGCAAUUCAGUUGUAGAUUCCCAUCGAUUCAGGAUUUGAAAGAGGUUCAACAACAUUAUUCCUUAAAUGAAUUGUUGGAACAACUCCAGUAACUCCAAAAGUACCCUUACGAAUUCGAAGUGUUCAGCAUUCGAGGUUAUAACGAUCUCCACUUAAAAGUGUUUUACCUAGAGCCAAAGUCAUUUACAAUAGUGCUGCAAAAUAUGGAAGAAUACAAUCUACAAAUUAAGAAAGUGUUUACUCAAACUACGAUGCAACAAUUGUUUAAGAGUUUUAGCCAUGAGUACAACACUUCUUUAAACUAUAUCUUGGCAUUAGCAUAGGUAGCUGAGUGUCAUGAGGAAGUGCCACAAAAUAUCAAAGAGUAAUUCUUUAAACCCAUAUUGGUGAAUGGGAAAGUGAUGCACAGCAUGGUGUUGGAUAUGAUGGAUUACAAUAGUAUCUUGGGAAAGACAUUCAGUUUGCAAGUGGCAGUCUUCAACAUCUAAGAGUUAAUACUAGAUGUCAUUUCACUUUUUAAAGAUCAAGUCUCAAAAAAGAAUCUAGAAAUCAAAAUUGACUUUAAAUCCAAGAUAACCUAGAUCCUGUCUGAUCGAAAUAGAAUCAAGCAGAUUUUGAUCAAUUUGGUAUCCAAUGCCCAAAAGUUUACACUCUAAGGAUCCAUAUCCCUAAAGGUUGAAACCUGUUUAUUUCAGAAGAAUUAACAAUAUGUAGUGUUCCAUGUUGAAGAUACUGGCAUAGGUAUGACAAAGGCAGAAUAAGAUCGAUUGACCUUCCUAUUGCAAUAAGGAGUGCCUUCCAUACAAAAGAUAUCUAAAAACACAGCUGGAUUUGGAUUGGGGUUGUUUAUAAGUAAUAAGAUAGCAGAAGCCUUAUCAUAAUAGAGAUUUGAAAAAGGAGGUGGACUCAGAUUUGAAACGCAAACAGGAAAGGGAUUUCACUGUUGGUUUUCUGUGUACCCUCAGACCGUUAGUCCAGGUGUUAAACCCAACAAUCCAAAAAGUCCAUUGAUUAUGUUGAAUAAGAAGAUCAUUAUAGACACGAGGUAAACUGAAGUCAAUGCUGGGAUUGAGACAUUGAAAAGAGGACUUAUGAGGGCCAAAUUCUCUCAUUUAUUGGGUAGUAAUGGGUAGAUAAAUGAUGGAAAUCAGAUCAGAUAGCGAAGACCACAUAGUUAGAUACGGUUUGUGUAAGAACUUAUUGAUGCUGUGUCAACAGAUACGGUCAAUAAUGAAUGUUCUGUAGAGGACUAUUAAACAAGGGUUAAAUACAUGAAGUCUCAACAAUAUUAGCAACAAUAACAAUCAUUUUUGUUGAGAAGCAAUUAGUCAUUCAUUGAAUGUCGUUGUCCGAAUAUCCUCAUUGUAGAUGACGAGUAGAUUAAUAUAUUAGCCUUGUCGAUCUUGUUGGAACAACUUGGCUUGACUACUGACUAGGUGUUUAAUGGGAGGGAGUGUGUCGAUUUGAUAUACUCGAAAUAAAGGAAAAGUAUUUAUGAACAUGUAUUGUUAGCCUUUUGUGGGAAAUGCACUGAUAGACAGUACUAAUUGAUAUUUAUGGACAUCAAUAUGCCUAUUCUGGAUGGGUGGGAAGCAUCAAGGCAAAUUAAAAAACGGUUUUCAAUUCCCAUUAUAGCUUGUACUGCUUUUACUGACAAUGAAACCAAAGAAUAGUGUUAUCAAAAUGGGAUAGAUUACUAUUUAUCGAAGCCAGUAAAAAAGGAAUCACUCAUCCAAGUAUUGCAAUAUUACCGUAUACUUUGA